CUCUGAUAUCCUGUUCAUCUCUUCACCAUGUGGAAGGUGGUGCUCCUAGUUUUAUACGCAGUAUUGGCUGUAAGAGGAUUGGCAAAGGGUGCUCCUUUCCAACCAGAGGAAAAAUGGAAACCUUUAGAUAACCCUAGAAACCGAGAUCUGUUUUUCAGAACGCUCCAGGCUUAUUUUUCAGGCAGAGGUCUUGAUCUCAGAAAGUUCCCGGCUACUUUCACUAUGAACAAUGAAGCACCAAGGCCUGUCAUGUUCUACUCAGAUCCUAUUGCUUCUGCAUUUGCAGAUUAUGAAGAAAGGAAAAAUUCUUUUCCAAAUUAUUUCAAAGGCUGAGAGAUAAUGCUGACCAAGGUAAAAGAGGGUGUCUUUUCCUGUAAUGUAAUCAAGUGAAAGGUUUGGUUCAAGUGACUCUCAUUUCUGUAUGAAACAUAAAAGCAGCUUGUUCUUGAGAAGAAAUUAAUAAUGGGCACCCUAACUCUUCCCUGAAACUGCUUUACUAUCAUUGAAGUGGAGAUUUAUGAGGAAUUUACUACUUCUAUGAAAUAACACAGGGUGAUUGUGCAGUAAGUAGUAAUAUGAAGUCAGACCUAUAUAGACUAUGCUUUUCACCUGGAAAUGAUUGCUGAAAAUGUACAGAUAACAGAGAACGUAGAAGAUUUUACUUAAGUAAUUGAUAUUAGUAAAAUUACAGAUUGAGACUAUUGGUUUCUCAUGAUAUACAGAUAUUAAGAAAAUUAACUUAGACUUAAAAUAUUGCACUAACAAAGCAUACUUUAGCUGUUACAUAUUUGUACAUGCAUGCUGUUUACCGUAUUCCUAACACUAAAAUUGAAGGUUGAAUAAAAUUAUUUUAAACUGACUCACAUCUCUUCAUAAAUAUGAAAUCAAUUCAGAUGGAUCACGCUUGCAUUAUUCAUAAAUCCAGGCUGAAUCUAUAGCAGGUUCUUGUCAGUUAUUUUAUUAUUUUAUCUAUACAUAAACACACUCUGUAAUAAAUUCUUUCGUAGCUCAUUCUGAGGGUAAGUGAAUACCGGUAAUUCUGAGGACAGGUAAAUAAUUGUUUUCUCUCAUUUUACGAAUAGAUGAAGAUUUCAGUAAGACUGGAAUAUGAGCAGUUAGGUGAUUUGUUUAACAACUUAAAGAGAUUAUUUUGUAAUCAAUAUUCAGCUUGGGAUUUUUAGCUCUGUCUUGCUCUCUGCCUACUUAACUACAUCUCCUUUUGUAGUCAAAAGCUACAGGACAAUUCAGGACAAUUGUGGUAGUCUCUUCUGCCUUCACAACUGUUUUCUAGAUUUGCAGAUUUUAAAUUUAGCUCAACCAGUUUUCUAGAGUUCUUUGUAGAAAUGACCUAAAAAUACUGUGCAAGCGAAAAAGUUCUAUCUUUCUGUAUUUUUCAGACUGGUUAUUCUUUAAAAUCCCCAAAGACUGUUUGCUUAGAAUAUACAUAUUUGAUAAGAACUGUGAAACUGCUGAACUUCUGAGAGUUUGUAUUAUGCCACAUUCAACACACAGGACAGUUCAAGGCCUGGUGUACAACUAAAACAAAUUAAUAAAGGGCAAGAGAGGAAGCUAGUUAAGUUGUUCUUUAUUUGUGACUUAUCCAAUCACUGAGUGAUAUUAAAUGAAAUUCUCUGGCCCAGAAAUGGUAAGAGUCUCUAAUCAGCCUCAGAGGAAUGUAAGCGGGGAGCAGAAGGACGAACACAGGCACUUGCAGCCCAUAAAAUCUCCCCUUUCACUUAAUGAAAGGGGGGCAAAAGCUGAACUUGGCAUUAGCAGCUAUAUAGCCAGUGACUGGUGGCAUGGGAGGUGAGCGCCCACUAACGCUUGCGGCCAGUAGCUUCAGUGACGCUCCAGGGCUCUCUGAAAAGGCAGAAGUCCGUUCCUUACCCCCAGCUCCAACUGAGAGGACGUCCCUCACUAACAAGAGGAAAAGGUCUCCACCAAUAAAUUGUUACUAACUUGGAAAGCAGGGAGCAGCUGCAGGCAACUGGAGUAUUUCAGUCAGUGUUACCAGGGCUUGGGUCGUGCACUAGGUGUAUAUAAAUAUUUGUCUAAUAUCUUCUUUUUUUUUCCUCUUUCAGGUGUUAACUUUUGAACUUCAUGUGAAGCGGCAACUUUCAUAGCAAAAUGUUACUGCUUUGACUUGUAAACGGUUAUCUGACGAUUUAAAAUUUUCUUCACUGUCAAAGUUUUUACCUUUAUCUGAGGUAUUGCUGUAACUAGCACAUUUGCUGUGUAUUAACAAACGUGCGACGUUUGGCUACAGUGGUUUGCCUAGCAGACUUGUGUUUGUUUAAACGUGAAUAAAGGAAGAGUUCAUUUCAA